GUUGUGUACUUCGAAGCUAGCCUAGCCCUUGUCAUUGUAGCACGAAUGAUUGAAAUUAAAUCUAUUCAUAUGUAAAGUACGGUAUAAGAUAAUAUAUUUUGCAUCCUGCUUAUCAAUUAGGGCGCAUGCGUUGAGAGGAUAUACAUCAUACGCCCUUAACGGCUGGAUGUUUUGAUAACCUGUUAGCUGUUUAGCCAUGUCGUUUUAGGAAAACUAUCCUGCUAGUCUGUGAUUUUAUAUUACUGCGAAACUCCACAAAGAGUUUUGAAGGUGAAACAAGGGAAAUUCAACAAUGGCUUCCAUUCUUGAUGAGUACGAGGACUCUCAGAACACCAGGCAAAGUGCGCAGCAGCACGGCCGCUUGUCAUCUGCCAAUAUCGGGCUAACACAUUCAGGAUUUGUGAAUGUGAGGCUCGAGGAAGAGAAGCCAAUAUUCAACAAGCAGAGGAUCGAUUUUACUCCACCUGAGAAGAUAAACCAUCUUGCUGUCUGCAACAACCAGCUGUGCAUGAGUCUGGGAAAGGACACCCUGUUGAGGAUUGACCUGGCCAAGCCUGAUCAACCUAAUCAGACAGAAUUAGGGAGGAAAGAUGAGAGCAAAGUGCACAAGUUGUUCCUGGACCCCACUGGUUCUCAUCUACUGAUCAGCCUGAGCACCAGUGAGUGUCUGUACCUCAACAGGAACACUCAGAAGGUGCGCAGCUUGUCUCGCUGGAGAGGCCACCUCAUUGAGAGCGUAGGCUGGAACAAGAUGCUGGGAAACGAGACCAACACUGGACCCAUCCUUGUCGGCACCAGUCAAGGCAUCAUCUUUGAGGCUGAGAUCUCUGCUACUGAAGGCAGUCUGUUCAACACCAAUCCAGAUCAAUUCUUCAGACAGGUCCAUGCCCUGGAGGAGGAUGGAAAGCCUGCACCUGUCUGCUGUCUUGAGGUGGAGCGUGGUUUGGAGAACAAGUACUUCAUCAUUGCUACCACUCGCAAACGCCUGUUCCAGUUUGUGGGGAAAGUGGCUGAGGGCUCUGAGCAGCAGGGCUUCAGCUCCAUCUUCAGCCAGAACCAGGACCUGCUGCCUAGUUUCCAGGAGUUCCCAGCCAACAUGGGCUACAGCGAGAUCACUUUCUACACCUCUAAGCUUCGCACCUCCCCUAAAGCGUUUGCCUGGAUGAUGGGAAAUGGAGUUCUUUAUGGUCAGCUGGACUAUGUCAGGCCUGAUUCUCUCUUGAGUGAUGUGCAGGUGUGGGAGUACACUCCAGACAUCGAUAUAAGUGCCAACAAGCCUAUCUCCAUUGUGCUAACUCAGUUCCACUUUCUGCUCCUGCUCCACGACCGGGUUAAAGCCAUCUGCACCCUGAAUGGACAGGUGGUCUAUGAGGAUGUGUUCCCAGAUAAAUUUGGUACCCUUAAGAAAAUGAUCAAAGAUCCAAUAGGCGGCUUGGUGUGGAUCUACACAGAGCGGGCGGUUUUCCGGUACCACGUCCAGCGUGAAGCCAGAGAUGUGUGGCAGAUGUACAUGAGCAUGAGUAAAUUUGAUCUGGCGAAGGAGUACUGCAGAGAUCGGCCUGAGUGCAUGGACAUGGUGUUGGCCAAGGAGGCAGAGCACUGCUUCCAAAACAAGCGUUACAUUGAGAGCGCUAAAUGCUAUGCGCUGACACAGAACUACUUUGAAGAGAUAGCACUCAAGUUCAUUGAAGCCAAACAAGAAGAAGCCCUGAAGGAGUUUCUGCUGAAGAAACUUCAUAAUUUAAAACCAAGUGAAAGAACUCAGAUCACUUUGUUGGUCACCUGGCUAGCCGAGCUUUAUCUGAACCGACUCGGGCAGCUGGAGAGUGAUGGCAACAGCGUUAUCUUCCAGGAGACCCGUGAGGAGUUUCGCCACUUCCUCAGCAACUCCAAACAUAAAGAGUGCCUGUAUAACAACCGUAGCACCAUCUACGACCUGCUGGCCAGCCACGGCAAUGUGGAUGACAUGGUUUAUUUCUCAGUUGUCAUGCAGGAUUACGAGAGAGUGAUCUCCCACUACUGCCAACAUGAUGACUUCAGCGCUGCUCUGGAAGUCCUCUCAAAGCACUGCGAUCAAAAGCUCUUCUACAAGUUCUCCCCUGUACUCAUGCAGCACAUUCCCAAGAAAGUGGUAGAUGCAUGGAUACAGAUGGGGAAGCGUUUGGACCCAAAGAAGCUAAUUCCGGCUCUGAUGAACUACAGCCAGAUGGGCAGCACUCAGCAGAUCAACGAAACCAUCCGCUAUAUGGAGUUCUGUGUGUACGAGCUGACUGUGACCGAGGAGGCUAUCCACAACUACCUGCUGUCGCUCUAUGCAAAGUAUAAACCAGACUCUUUGCUGUGGUAUCUGGAGCAGGCAGGAACACACUCCUCAGAGAUCCACUAUGACCUGAAGUACGCUCUCAGGCUGUGUGCUGAACACGGCUACCUCCAAGCUUGUGUUCUGGUGUAUAGGAUCAUGGAACUGUAUGAAGAGGCAGUGGAUCUCGCUUUGCAAGUGGAUGUAGACUUGGCAAAGUCCUGUGCAGACCUACCUGAGGAUGACGAGGAGCUGAGGAAAAAGCUUUGGCUUAAAAUCGCCCGGCAUGUGGUGCAGGAGGAGAAAGAUGUGAAAAAAGCCAUGAACUGUCUGUCCAGCUGCAAUCUGCUCAAGAUCGAAGACAUCCUGCCCUUCUUCCCAGACUUUGUCACCAUUGACCAUUUUAAGGAGGCCAUCUGCAGCUCCCUGGAGGAGUACAAUCAGCACAUUGAGGAGCUGAAGCAGGAAAUGGAGGAGGCCACGGAAAGCGCUAAACGCAUCAGAGAAGACAUCCAGGAAAUGAGGAACAAAUAUGGUGUGGUGGAUUCCCAAGAAAAGUGUGCUGCUUGUGACUUUCCAUUACUCAACAGGCCCUUCUAUCUGUUUCUGUGUGGACACAUGUUCCACUAUGACUGCCUUCUCCAGGAAGUGAGCCCUCACCUAUCGGUGUACAAGCAGACACGUUUGGAAGAACUGCAGAAAAAGCUGGCUUCAACAACACAAUCGUCACGCCAUCGCACGGUGACAAAGGAUGAAGGGGACACGGCUAGCCUGGGAAAGGGCAAUGCAGGCUCAAGCCGUGAGCAGAUAAAAUCAGACAUUGAUGACAUCAUUGCGUCAGAAUGCGUUUACUGCGGCGAACUGAUGAUCAAGUCGAUCGACAAGCCUUUUAUUGACCCACUGAAAUUUGAGGAGGAGAAAUCCAGCUGGCUAUGAAUUCAACCUCCGUAGCUUUCCUCAAUGUGAAAAGAUAUGUAUGCCAUUUAUAUGUGAUUGAAAUUGCAACAUCAGUAGCACUGACCAGUACAGUGGACACAGACGUUACCUGAUUGCCUGUUGGAAGUGCCUAUUGCAGGAAUCUGCAUCAGCUUCAGUUCAGAAAACACUUAUUUUGCUGGCAGUAUUUGAGGCUAAUUUAUAGACCUUUGCACGUUGUACAGGAAUGUUUAGUUAACAGGGGAAACUGUUGGCAAUGACACAAGAUUAUCUAGAGAUGUAACGAAUAGAAAGGGUUGUACAGUUUGUACAAUGUGCUUGAUCCUUUGGGUUGUAAAGGCAGAAAAGGGUUUGAAAGCUGUAAUCAGAUAUAACUGCACUAAACAUCUGUUAACUCACUUGGCCAUGCACUGUUUUGUCUUUUGGAAACCUGCACUUAGAGCAUAUCUAUGAUUCCUACUCAUUUUAUCUGCUCUGCUGUACAGCUCUGUGUUUAUCUUCCAGUCAGUGAAGGUCAGAUUUAAAAACUGCAUUAACUCACUGUUUCACAAUCCAGAUAUGACCAAUUAAAGCUUGUCAAUACUGA